AGCAACAGCAACAGCGCCAGCAAUAGCGCCAGCAGCAGCAGCAGUGCCAGCAGCAACAGCAACAACUGCACGGCAACUGUUGCCGCUGCCACGCCUCCGCCGUCUAGCAAGACGGUGAGCAUACGUGAUGCAACGCCGCCAAGUGGCAGCGGCACCUCCACCACCAAGUCGAGCGGGCUGCUCAGCGUGGGCAGCAAUCAUCAUCAUCAUCAUCACCACUCCUCAUCCUCGCAGUCGCAGUCGCAAUCGCAGCCUCAGCCGCAGUCGCAGUCGCAGUCGCAGUCCGCACAAUCUCAGCCGCCGGCAGCGCCGUCCGUGCCGCAGCAGCCGCCGCACCAUCAGCGCGGCAGCAAAAACGAAGAUGCGCCCAACAUCCUCGUCUACAAGAAGAUGGAGGCGAUCAUUGAGAAGAUGCAGGCAGAGUCUGGUGGCGUGGCGGUGCGCACGGUAAAGGCGUUCAUGAGCAAGGUGCCGUCGGUGUUUACAGGCGCCGAUCUGGUCGCCUGGAUACUGAAGAACUUCGACGUCGAGGAUGUCACAGAGGCGCUCCACUUCGCCCACUUGCUCAGCUCGCACGGCUACAUUUUCCCCAUUGACGAUCAUGCGCUGACCGUGAAGAACGACGGCACGUUCUACAGAUUUCAGACGCCGUAUUUCUGGCCCUCGAACUGCUGGGAGCCGGAGAAUACGGAUUAUGCGGUGUAUCUGUGCAAGCGCACGAUGCAGAACAAGACGCGCCUGGAGCUGGCGGACUACGAGGCCGAGAAUCUGGCCAAGCUGCAGAAGAUGUUCUCGCGCAAAUGGGAAUUCAUCUUCAUGCAGGCCGAGUCGCAGAGCAAAGUGGCCAAGAAGCGGGACAAGCUGGAGCGGAAGGUUCUCGAUUCGCAGGAGCGAGCCUUUUGGGAUGUGCAUCGGCCCAUGCCGGGCUGUGUCAAUACCACCGAGAUAGACAUUAAGAAGGCAUAUCGACGCGGCGGCUCCAGCCACGGCACCGGCUCCGCUGGCGCCUCGGUGGCCAAGAAUCCCGUCGAGCAGCUGACCCGCAUCAUUGCGCUGCGCAAACAGAAGCUCGAACGGCGCACAAUCAAAGUGUCCAAAGCGGCCGAAGCUUUGGUUGCCUACUACGAUCAGUACAAUGAGUUCGAUUACUUCUUAACCUCUCCGGAGCUACCGAAUCCAUGGCAAACGGACAGCACCGAGAUGUGGGAUACCGAGAAAAAUAGCAAAGAUGUUCCUGUACGCCGGGUGAAGCGAUGGGCCUUCAGCCUGCGGGAGCUGCUUAACGAUCCCAUUGGACGGGAUCAGUUCACAAAGUUUUUGGAAAAGGAAUACAGCGGCGAAAAUCUCAAGUUCUGGGAGUCGGUGCAGGAGAUGAAGGCGCUGCCACAGUCCGAAAUCAAGGAGGCCAUACAAAAGAUCUGGCAAGAGUUUCUCGCCCCCGAUGCGCCGUGCCCGGUGAACGUGGACUCCAAAUCCGUGGAGCUGGCCCGCGAAGCGGUCAACUCGCCAAAUGGCCCCAAUCGCUGGUGCUUCGAUGUGGCCGCCUCGCACGUGUAUCACCUGAUGAAGAGCGAUUCGUAUUCGCGCUAUCUGCGCUCCGAAAUGUACAAGGACUACGUCAACUGUUCCCGCAAGAAGGUCAAGUCAAUACCCAAUCUCUUUGGCGUGAAACGUUGAGACACGCUCCGGCACUCGCCUGUCGCGGGACUUGGCCUCGGCUCCGGCUGAGCCAUUGUUUUUUGUGUGUGUGAUCAGUCGUUGGAUGACUGGUUAGCUGGGUGGCUAGGUGGCUAGGUGGCUAGGUGGCUAGGUGGCUAGGUGGCCGGAUGGCGAUCAGUGUCAGGAUCACAUUGUGUGCUUGUUGUAAUGUUUCGGAACUGUAUGUAGUGCUCAUAUACUCGGACGCAUACUCGAAUCAAUGUAUAUUAGACGUUGUUACUUAUUACAUAAUAACCUACCAAUUACCACUAGGUCGCGUGUGUUCUUAACGUCUCGUUUUGUUAACCGAUCGACACGUUGCCCGUGUCCCGUGCAAGCGGUGCGCAGUCCCUGGCCGCAAGAGCCAGGACGACCCCAUUUAGCCAUUAUCCGCUUCCUCGUUUCGGCCCAAUUCGAAAGUCAACUCAUUAAAUCCUAUCGAAAAAGAAACUGCCAAGAGCUUCUCGAAACAGGAAUACAGCUGAAGAUGAAGUCAGGAGUAAAAAGCAAUCGCCGCAAAAGGAUGCAUAGCAUGUUGCAGCCGCACGUUCAACGAUGCUUCGCCAUUGUCUAACUGUAACCGAUAACACCAAAACAACAGAGAACACGAGCGUACGUGGGAAUUACACGCACACAUACACACACACACACACGCACACGCACACACAUACGUUUCAAGUGUAAUAAUCAGUAGGGUAAUUAGCAUAACAAAAACAAUAAAACUAAAGCAAAUGCAAAAGCGAAA